AUGCUGUACUACUCCGGAAGCAGAACGGGAAGAAACGGUGUGGGUAUCAUCCUCGAUGAAGAGCUCAAGCAAAGGGUGGUGGAAGUCCAAAGGCCCUCAGACAGGUUGAUGACAAUUAAGGUGCUAGCAGGAAAGAGUCUGAUCAACAUCGUGAGUGGUUACGCUCCACAGAUUGGCUGUGAAGAUCAAGAGAAGGAAGAGUUCAGAGAACAACUUGAACAAAUUGUUAGAGAGAUUCCUGAGGAAGAAGAAAUCAUCCUAGGAGCUGAUCUGAACUGUCAUGUAGGAGAAAGAGCAGGAGGUUAUGAAGCAUGUCAUGGCGGUUUUGGAUACGGCCUGAGAAACGAGGAAGGAGAGAAAAUGCUAGAGACAUUGGAGAGCUUGGAACUAGUCUUGGUAAACACCGGAUUCAAGAAGAGAGAUGAACAUCUAACAACAUACCGAAGUGGAGAUAGCAGUUCCCAGAUCGAUUUCCAAGUGGUGAGGAAGAGAAUCCGUAAAAACGUGAGAGAUGCAAAAGUGAUCCCCGGUGAGGCAGUUGCUCCCCAGCACAGACUUCUGGUCAUGGAUGGGACGUUCUCUAAGAAAAGGAAAGGAGAAACAACAGGAAAGAAGAUCAAGGUGUGGAAACUACGGAAAUGUGCAGGAGAAUACAGAAGGCAAAUUUGGAAUGGAGAAAACAUCCCAGAAGGUUGGAGGACAAGUAUACUAGUGUCAGUGUAUAAACAGAAAGGCGAUGUAUUAGAAUGUGGGAACCACCGUGGUAUCAAGCUCUUGGAACACCUCUUGAAAGCAUAUGAUAAGGUGCCCAGAGAGCUGGUCUACUGA